AUGCGGCAUCUCCUCGCCGGCGCCUGGCUGGCGCGGCAGCUCCUCCUCGCCGCCGCGCGGCCCGUCACCGUCCAGAUGACUUCGUCGACCGCCGUCGAUCCGGGCCACGCCGCUCCCGACAUGGCCGCCAUGGUUGCGGCCGGCCAUCUGAAGCACGACAACUCCGCCUGUCUGUGCGUGUGGGACGUGGACCGCACGUUAACCGGCGAGCAGGGCUCCUCUGUCGGCGCCGGCGCGCCAUGUCCAGACAACAGGCACAUGACGGGUGUGGUCGACACCGCCUACGGCGGCGGGACGCUCUCCCUUUCGCAGCUCUCCCUCAACCUGCACACCACCUUCUGCGCCGCGUGCUACAUGGGCGUCAUCUCCUCGGGGCCCGUCUCCGGCAGCGGCUCGUCCGAGAGGUACACCAUCGUCCAGAAGCUCCGCGCGGUCGGCCUGCUGGGCUUCGGCGAAGGGAGGACCGACCCGCACCCGCCGUGGAGUGACGCGCACCCGAGCUCGCCGCUGCGGGUCAACGUGCCCGAGGGGAGCAAGCAAGACGAGAUCGUCGAGAUCCUCGACUGCCACCUCGCCAGCGCGGGGAGCGGGGUGACGCUGGUGGCGGCGCGAGUCGUGUGCCACGGCGGCGGCUGCUUCUCGUGCGGGGAGCGCGUGACCUGGCUGGCGGCUGAUUAA